GGCUUACUCUGCACAGACAAUGUACACAGAAACCAAACCGCUGCAGUGGAGCUAAAAGGACGAUCUGAGAAUGCAGCACCACGAGUGGAUACAAAGUCUUUUGGAAUAUGAAAUAAACUGGAAGAUUGUCACCUCCUUGGGAUGCCUCUUGGUGGCCACUGUUUGUGGUCUGAAAUGGAGAAAGAAGAGGAACUUUCUCAAAAAAGUGGAAAAGGAGAGAAAAAGGAGAGAGAAAAAUGUGCAACUGAUGCAAGAAAAAGUUACCAAGUUCAAGAAACAGAAUCCAGGAGUGGACUCCAGGAAGAUCCUGAAUCUGUCAUUACCGGAGCUCAUCGUCAAGCUGAGAGAUGGCUCUUGGUCUCUGGAGAGUGUCCUAUAUUCCUACAUUGAAAAGGCUCUUGAGGUGGAUCAAGAUCUGAAUUGUGUGACAGACUUUCUGACUGAUUGUGAAGCUCAGCUUCAGGAUUUGAAAAAGCAGGAAAACAAGGGUCCGAUGUAUGGAGUUCCCAUCUCUAUAAAAGAACACAUUGGUUACAAGGGACAUCCCUCCACGUGUGGCCUGGCACAAUACAUUGAUAAACUGGAGGAAGAGGACAGUGUUGUUGUUAAAGUAUUGAAGAAGCAGGGAGCGAUUGUGUUUGCAAAGACAAAUGUUCCGCAAGGUUUAUUAUGCUAUGAUACCAGCAACCCGAUAUAUGGUGUAACGGUCAAUCCGCACAAUCACGCUAAGAGCCCCGGCGGUUCCUCUGGUGGGGAAGGGGCAUUGAUUGGCGGCGGAGGCUCAAUUCUGGGAAUAGGAACAGACAUUGGUGGAAGUAUUCGUCUUCCUUCAAGUUUCUGUGGAAUAGCAGGUCUUAAACCCACUCCGCAGAGGGUCAGUCUGGGCGAGAUACGCUCCUGUAUUGAAGGCUUCACCGCAAUACCUGUAGCCACAGGACCCAUGGCCAGAGACGUGGACAGCCUGGUUCUGUGCAUGAAGACUCUUCUUUGUGAUGAGAUGUUCAAGCUGGACCCAACAGUACCACCUCUUCCUUUCAAUGACGAGAUCUACACGUCACCCACUCCUCUCCGUGUGGGAUACUAUGAAACUGACGGAUUUACAUUUCCGCACCCUGGCAUGAGACGGGCAGUGUUAGAAACAAAAAAACUCCUGGAGGAAGCCGGGCAUACGCUGAUCCAGUUUUCUCCCCCGCGAAUAGAUUAUAUGAAAAGUAAAGUGUACAUGAAAAUAUUACUCGGUGAUGGCGGAAAAAUUCUACUUGAAAAAUUUAACAAUAAUUCGGUUGACCGAAAUCUUAGUGGUCUGAUCUCGAUGAUUCGCACUCCGACAGUGGUGAAGAAAGCUUUGUACUUUGUCCUUAAGCCGUUGUUUCCGAGGAUCGCCGACAUGGUGUUGUGCUGCCAAGGUGCAAGCUCUGUGAAGGAACAGUGGGCCGAUCAAGCAUUGCUGCAGGAAUAUCAAGCUGAAUUCAUUGCGGAGUGGAGGAAGCUGAACCUAGAUGUCAUUCUCUGUCCUAUGUUAGGACCAGCCUUUAAUAGUGGCUAUCCUGGAAGAUUGAUUGCUGCUGGAUCGUACACAAUGUUGUUCAACGUGGUACAGUUCCCAGCCGGUGUCGUAACUGUGACCUCCGUCACUCAAGCAGAUGAAGAUGAAAUGAAGCAUUACAAAGGCUACUACAACGAUCCUUGGGAUAAACUCUUUCAACCGGCUGUGGCGGGAGGAGUGGGGCUUCCUCUGUCUGUGCAAUGUGCAGCUCUGCCGUAUCAGGAUGAACUAUGCCUGCGCUUCAUGAAAGAGGUGGAGACCCUGCACCGCGAGAAGAAAAACAGGAAAUAAACAACGUUUCACCUAAUUAUGUUUUCAUCUAAGUUCAAGUGUGGACAUUCUGUUAAAGCUAAACUAGAGUUGGAAUACAUAUUGUUUUUUAUGGUUUUAGAUUUUAAGUGAGCAAAUGACGAAGGAAAUCUGACAAACUGUUUAAAUAUGAAUGUAUAUGAAUGUGAUCAAACCUAUAGAUUAGCCAUUCCUUUACACUUACAUUUAUUUUAGUCCCUGGUCUCCCAUUCAGAUGAGUAGGAGUAGCACUGCCUAGCACUGUCCUAAAUAAACAUUCCCAAAGGAAUGAAUUGUAUCCUAUCCUACAUCCUCCA